UUCCAAGAGGUUGCCCUUUGGCUAUUGCCUAUAAAUAGAUGCAUUCUCUUCAAUUUCUUUACAGUAAAUUCUCUAAGUAAAGCUGCAUUUGGUCACUGUCCAACAUGAAGCAAAAGAUAGUCAUAAAUGUGGUGAAAAUGAACUGUGAGAAAUGCAAAUCGAAAGCCAUGAAGAUUGCGGUGAAGGCCAAGGGUGUGACCAAGGUGGAGAUUCAAGGAGAACAUAAGGAUCAACUGGUGGUGAUAGGAGAUGAAGUGGACUCAGUUAAGCUUACUCGAUCUCUCAGGAAAGAAUUUCAAUAUGCCAAUUUAUUGAGCGUACAAGAAGAGAAAGAGAAGAAGGAGGAGAAGAAGGAGGAAAUAACUCUAAUGCAAUGGCCAACAGUGAGUUACUAUCAACAAUAUCCUAUCCCUUGUGAUCCAAAUCCUUCUUGCUCCAUUAUGUAAGCAACAUUUGCUGAUAUGAAGCCUGACUUAGGAUUCUUAUUAUGGAAGAAUUAUCCCUUUUUGCUUAACUUUUCUAACUCUAUUAUAUUUU